AUGCCUGCAGGUUCACCAACCGGCAAGACGUCGUCGCCGGGCGGCGCUGGCGGGGCCUCCCCAACCCAGCAGCUGGGUUCUCCGGUCAAUCCCACCCCGGCAUGGAGUGAGGGCGACGACGCAGCUCCGGCGAUGUCCGAGGCGGCCGCCGCUGCCGCUGCGAUUAACGCCAACAUCGUCAUCGACCCCACCAAGGACUUGUGGCAGAACAUCACCCGCAACGUGAAGGACGCCAACGUGGAGCAGACGGAGACGAACUUGGCCAUCGUCGGCGCCUCGGGAAGUGGGAAGACGACGCUGCUGCAUCGCAUCUACUCGUCCUUCCAGAGCACAUCAGCCGGGGGCGGGUCGAAGAAGGUAAAACCGACGACCGCGCUCGAUUACAGCUUCGCGCGGCGCUCGGAGCGCAACGUGGCGCAGGUGGCGCACUUCUGGGAAAUCGCUCAGGGCACGCAGUUCUCCCAGCUGCUGGACAUUGUGGUCACGCCAGAGAAUGUGCACGCCAUGGUCGCCGCGGUGGUGGUCGACGCGAGCGAAGACGGGCUGCCCGUCGCGUGGGAGACGGCGACCUACUGGCUGAGGCGGAUCGAUCAUCGCGUGAGUGAGGUGGCGGAGCGCAUGAAGGCUAGAGGCUCCACCACGCCCGAGAAGAUCAUCGUGCGGGCGCAGAAGACGGUCGGGACGGACCACCCUGACCUCAAGCGGAUGCGGCUCAGCGGGCUGCCGACGGUGCUCGUCGUCAACAAAAUCGACGCCUUCCGCGGCGACACACAGCAGCUGAAGCUGCUCUGCCGCAGCAUGCGCUAUCUCGCACACCUCUACAGUGCACACGUCAUCUUCACGAACGAGGCGGAGAGCGUCAAGUGGCGUGCGCUGAUGAACCACAUCCUCUUCCAGGCACCGUUUGACAACAAGUACCUGCAGACAGACCCGGAGCGGGGCUGUGUGCUGCUGACGGUAGACCGGGAUAGCUUUGUCGACAUUGGGGACCCAAAUAUCAGUCGACUGGGCAACGGCGGCGGCAGUGGCAGCACCGGAGACGCGGAGCUGGACCGCUGGAAGGCGCCAUUCGAUGAAGCCUUCCCUACCCGCAAGUUAAACGAGGAAGAUAGGGUGCUGGAGGACCCAUUUAUUCGCCGCUUGUAUGACACCGCCGAGGGCGGCUUUGGCGAGCCGGCCAUCGACGCAUUGCGGAAGCAAAAAGAUGAGGAGCUGGAGCAGUACCGCAAGAACAGCAGCACCAACGGUGCAGCAAAGAAUGCCGGGAAGUAA